UGUACGUCUUUACAUUUUGAACCUUCUCUUGAAAAAUUGGUAUAGGUUUUUAAAGAUGGCAAAGACGGCAGUGAUUUUUCUUCUUGCAUUAUCCCUGCUGCAUGUCGUCUCCUCAUUUGAAUGCGAUGAGAAUGCAAACAUCUGCGAAACCUCUUUGGUAAUUACCGAAGAAUUGACCAUGUUUCAUGAGAAGGAAAAAGCUGUUUACCCCAGUAAUGGUUCUCUUUAUAAAUACUCCGCAGACCCCAUUUUACCUGUGCCUGUUAACAUUAGCGAAGUUAUCACAGCAGAUGGAUUUGAGAAGCAGAUAGUGGUUGUUGUAGCAAAUGGCUCUUUACCUGGUCCGUCAAUCAUAGCUUAUGAGGAUCAGAUUCUUGUUGUCCACGUCAAAAAUAACCUCAUGUCAGAAACAGUAUUCAUCCACUGGCAUGGGAUAGAACAAAGAGGCACGCCAAACAUGGAUGGAGCUAGUUAUGCGUCGCAAUGUCCCAUUGAUCCUGGUCAAUCUUUUACUUAUACUUUCAACGUCGGUCAGGGCGGCACUUACUGGUACCGUUCUCAAUCAGGUUUACAAAGGGGAAAAGGGUUGUACGGGGCAUUAGUAGUGCGAGAACGAAAUCCUCCUUCACAUCUGCAGAAUGUUUCAGGAGAAUUCAUUCUACAGCUGCAGGACUGGAAUCAUGACUUUAAUGCAGACCGAGAAUUUCUCUCUUCUGAGGUAGGGGAAAAUCUCAAAUCAAGUAAAAUUUUAACGUUUGAUUCUAUCUGGAAUGCACAUUCUUCUCUGAUCAAUGGCAGAGGAAGAUACUAUAACCCUGAUACGGGAAAGCAUAAUGAAGCACCAAUACAGGUAUUUGAUGUUGAUCAAGGCGAACUCUACAGAUUUCGAGUUAUAAAUGCAGCUUCUAUGUACUCUUACAGAGUUUCUGUGGACAACCACACAUUGACUGUUGUGUCUUCUGAUGCUCGUUUAAUCAAACCAGUUGAUGUAGAAUCUGUAAUAGUUAACCCCGGAGAGAGAUUUGACUUUAUACUGGAAGCCAAGGCAGAUAUUGGUAAUUUCAAAAUUCGCGGAGUGGCACAAAAUGUCAUCAACUCGAUACCUGCUGAAGCAGUGCUGCACUAUGCCGGAGCAGAUGAAAUGUUUGUGUCUUUAUCUUCUACGAGGAAUCCGUGCACACCGACAGAACAAUGUGCCAUUUUAAAUUGUCCAGUCAAGUCUUUUCCCAUGGAGCCAGAACUUCAAUGUUUAACUAUAGAUUCAACGACGGCAUUCAUAUCCAAUGCACCUUCUUCAGAAGGUUCUCUACACGAAUAUUUCUUAAAUUUUGCCGUUUCUGGCCCCAUGAAAUACUUAUUACCCCCUAUCUCAGCAAAAUCCCAUUACAAACACGUUAAAAGUUUGUGUUCCACAGAAGAAUGUAAGAACAACGAUGAAUGUACAUGUGUCAAUAUAAUUGAUGCAAACUAUAACGGCACGAUUAACUUUGUUUUCUUGAACAUGGGAAAACAAAAGGGAUGGGAUGUUCAAAUUCAUAUGCAUGGCCAUUCUUUCGAGGUUUUAAAGGUAGGAUAUGCAAACUACAAUGAAACUACUGGAGAGUAUAUUUCGGAGAAUACCGACAUCAACUGUGGAGGGAACACUACUGAAGAUGAAAACUGUAAUGGUGCUACAUGGAGCGAUCCAGAUUGGUUCAACGGAAAUGACACCGGUUUGAAUCUCGCAGAUCCUCCUCUGAAGGACACAAUUACACUCCCGUAUGGUGGUUACGUCAUAGCACGAAUCAAGGUUGAUAACCCAGGGAUGUGGGCCAUCUCUUACCAAAUGCUUCCACUCGUAGCAGAUGGAAUUGCUGUUCUUCUGAAUGAAUCUUUCGAAAACCAACCAAAGGUUCCAGACAACUUUCCAACCUGUGGAGACUUUGGAGGCAUUAAUCCAGAUCAACUCAUUAGUACACCAGCACCACCAACGACCACGACCAUUCCAACCACUACAGAACCUGCCAGAUGUGUAACACCCGGGGACUGUCGACGACACAUCAAUUUGUGUUAUACGGAAUGGCAGUGUAUAAACAAAUUAUGUCAUUGUAAAGAAACACAUACCACUCCAUUUCAUUAAUUACUAGAAGAUUUUUUGAAAUUGUUUUCAUUUAUACUGAAGCUUUUUUGUGGAAGAAAUAUAAUGCAAUGCCAAGCUUUUGUAAAUUAGUAACAUUAUGGAUGAUUAUGCAAAAUCCUAGCCAUGAUUACCACUAAGCAUUUUAUUUUAUUUUAGACUACUGUUUCAUGUGUUUCGUUGGCCUUAUUUGU